UCAGUGGGCACACGACUUUGGCACGGUUUAGUAUCGUCGCGACAAUUAUCGUAAUUAACUCGUUUAUGUGUUGUGUGCUAAUCCAAUUACCAAGUUCGCACAGGAUGCCCCCAUUUGCGGCAGGCGAACAUAACACAAAUUGCACAAAUUAAUUCAAUCAAUCGGACACAUUAAGAAUUGAGUUUAAAAUUCGAAAAAAUCAAUUCUAUUAUCUUGAGUUCAGUUUGUUGUUCAGUUAAUACAGCCCAAAGUUAAGAGUUCAACCUUUAAGUAAAACUCGAGACGGAUAUCCUAAACAUGCUUAACUACCAGCAGCAAUUGCAUUCGCUGCCCGUCGGUAAUCCGGGAAAUUUUUACUACGGACCGACGGUUUCCGGCGAGAUAUACUCAUCUCACCAAUCGCACAACCUGGAGUCCGAGGACAAGCUGGAGGAUCGGGAAGAAAGUGGCAGGAACCUGGAUAAAAUUCACAGAUUCUCCGUGGACAAUAUCAUGGAAAUGAAACACGACGCCUAUUCCAAGGGAAAAAUGGCCAUGGAACUCAGUAGCAACUUCGGCCCCACUGGCGCAGGAUGCGGUGGCGCAGAUCGGCCAGCUCCCUGCUCCGGAAAUCUGCCGGCGGGUGGUGGCCACCACUCGAGGAAGCCGCGCCGGAAUCGCACCACCUUCAGCUCCGCCCAAUUGACGGCCUUGGAGAAGGUCUUCGAACGCACUCACUAUCCGGAUGCCUUUGUUCGCGAGGAGCUGGCCACCAAGGUGCAUCUGAGCGAGGCCAGAGUUCAGGUCUGGUUUCAGAAUCGGCGUGCGAAAUUCCGGCGGAACGAACGGAGCGUGGGCUCCAGGACACUUCUGGAUACGGCUCCUCAGUUGGUGCCGGCGCCGAUUAGCAAUAAUAUGCACAAAUAUGCCAAUAUGCCACACCCACACCCACAGCCGCCACCGCCCCCCGGCGCAUACGCCCUCAACUUUGGGCCGCUGGAGCUGCGCUCGUGCCAGAACUAUACGAACUGCUACGGGGGAUUUGGAUCGAGUGGUGCCAGCGGCAGUGGCGUCUGCUCCUUCUUUGGGGCCACCAACUAUUGUGUGGCCGCCAAUUAUGCGAAGAACGCCUAUCCGCCGCUGUGAUGGCGCGGCUAGCUUUAAUGGGCCCCAUGAGGUUACUUCAUGCAUAUGUAUUUCAAUUAGCCAAAUUGCAUUAAUGCUUAAAAACGUAUUAGGACCGGCAUAUUCGCCUACCUGACUAAUAUUUAUACUUAUACGAUGCCGACACAGAUGCAGAUACAUUCACAGAUACAGAUACAGAUACAGACACAGACAGAGAUACAGAUACCGAUACAGAUGUGACGCACUGAAGGAGAAAACCCAAUAAAUAACAUUUUCUAAG